GUGAGUAGAGUCAAGCUGGGUCCAAAUGAGCCAGGCGAAAUCUGCUUCCGUAUACCGACAGUGAUGCGUGGCUAUUACAAGCGACCAAAAGAGACAGCGGAAUUCUUUGAAGGAAAUGGCUGGUGUCGAUCAGGUGACGUUGGUUAUUACGACGAGGACGGGCGUUUCUAUUUCGUCCAGAGGCUGAAAGAGAUGAUAAAAUGCAUGGACAACCAAGUUGUUCCUGCUGAGCUUGAGCAAUUGCUGCUUCAGGAGCACUCCGAAGACAUUGCCGAAGUGACAGUGGUGGGGCUACCGCACCCUUUAUACGGAGAAGCACCAGCGGCUGCGGUAGUGCCCCGGGACCAGUACACGUGUCACAAGGCCGCGGGGCCCUUGGCGGAUAAGAUUAAGGCUACCAUUGCAGGAAAACUGGCUAUUCACAAGCACCUUUACGGAGGCGUCUUUCUGUUCGACUCCUUGCCGAAGACAGAAACGGCAAAAGUAAACCGAACAGCAAUAGUGGAACAGUGUGCUCAUAAAAUAAGUUUGUAAUAAAUAAAGAAGUUGCAGUCGUUCAAGCAAA